GGCGGCAAAGACAAACUUCAACUUUCAGUCAUGUCAAAUCCGGAAGUGAACAAACUUCUCCACAAGCUUGAGCUUGAAAAACUCUUGGGAAAAUCUGAGGUUAAAUCUAUCUGCGACAUCGAGCUCAUAUGCAAACAUCAACCUGAGCUUAGAUCUAAGAUCAUUGAUGUUCUUGUCAAAUACCUAAAUACUGAGAAACCGGUGGAGUCUGAUGCUGUGCAAGAGGUUUUUAUGGCGAUGUUUCAUCUAGAUAAAGAAGCAUCUUUGACUGCAAUGUUGAAGCAUCUUGCUGAUUUAAAGAGCCUACAAAAGGAAAGUGAAGCAGAACUGCAACGACUUGCAGAAUAUUUUGAAGUAAAGGCUGGUUUGGAUACAUUUGAUGUUUCAGAUGCAGAUUAUGUUGACAGGUUUAUAUCAUGCCUGCUAAUGGCUGUUCCAUUCUUUGCGAGAGGUGCUCCAAGGAGCAAGUAUUUUGAGUUCGUGAACCGUCACCAUAUCUUGCAUGAUUUUGACAAGCUGUCAGAGCAUAGGAAGCUUGAUUUUCUCAGAGCUCUUGCUGAGAUUUCAUCUUUCACAACAAAUGAAGCAGCAGGCCAGAUGAUUCCCUCAAUAGUUGUCCUCUUAAAGGCUCCAGCUGCAGCAACACAAUGUUGCAACAAAGAAUUCAUGCUGAGAUUGGAUUGUGUUAGAUCUAUAACUCGGGCAAAAAUGAAGAUACUAGCCACAACCUUGCCUAAGGAUGAUGAAAGGGUUUUGGAAGCUGAGACAUUCAGUGAGAAAGAUGUAUACGCGAUGCAACGUAAGUUCAAGUACGAAACAAAGAGGCAAAGUACGAAAACUGAGCUUCGGAGCUGCAAUAACGUACUGGCCAUUACCAAGUUAUUGAAGAAAAAAAAGCAUGGCUUUGUCAAACUUUCUUGGAAAGAAUCUAAGAAGGCAUUGUUAACAUCAUAUAGAGACAACUCAUGCCAGAGAGUCCCUAAAAGGUCUGACGCGCUUGACUCAGUUUCAAAGGAUUGUAGGCUAGACCUAGAUGAAACAGGAAUAUGCAAUCUAAGCGAGAAGCAAGUUCAAAAUAUUCUGGAUUAUUCAAAUUGUCAAGAAGUUUCUGGUAAUCGAAAAGGUGCAUGUGUGUUAAAUGACAAUGGCGGCAUCGCUAUGCUCAGUUAUCAAAUGAGAAAACCGGACUUAUUCCUAACUAACGCUGGGAAAAAGGGUAUAUCGGGGGAGGUUAGAAAUCAAUUUUAUCACCUUCUCUGCUGGAUCUACGCAGCCUCUGAUCUAGUCAGUUGCCAGAGGUUGGUACGAAAGUGGGAAAAAAGGUGGCUUCCUCUUUGUCCUUGGUAUCUCUGUGCGUUUUGCGAUCCUGCAAAACUUGGAAAGGAUGAGAGAGCUCAAGAACGGGAUAAGGAUGGUCGUGUACAUCACUGCUAUGGAGGCGAUAUAGAGAAAGCUUUAUGCCACGUUCAAUCUUAUGGAGUUCCAAGAGAACUUGUGAGCAAAUUUCUUUGUACAGAUCAUCAUCCACCAAGUGCAGAGGAACCUGACAUGGAAAGAAGAAAGCUUAUAAGUUCUCGAAAAAUCCACACUUGGAAGGAUGUUGUGCAGACGCUUCAAAAGCAGCAGUCAGUGGGGGCAGAUUUGCUUCAUUACACUGGAUUGAUGACACCAGGUGAGUUUAUUUACAGAGGUCCCAUGUCACGAAAUAGUUGGUUCGUCGGAUAUCACGCUGUAGUGAUAGAAGAGAUUAAGAAAAUGGGUCAAGAGUGGGUUGCUGUUUGUAAAAUGAGCAACAGGGAUGAAGCGGCUGAUUAUGGAUACGCUUAUGUAUCUCUAGAAGUCCAGUACAUUCCUGUUGGUGCAUCCGAUCUGGGAAGCGACUUUGUUCGAGGUUCAAGAAAGCCAACCUAUCUCCUUUCCAAUUUCAUGAUCGUUGAGAUGGUUGAGGCCGAUGAAAAAGACAAAGAGGAUGCAGAGAGUGGGGAUGAAGAAGAACAAGAUAAAGAUACAAAAGAUACUGAAAAAAAGUCAAAGGAGGAACCAGAAAAAGAACGAAAAGAAGAACCCGAACAGAAAUAUACUCCUAAACCAAAAAGAAGUCGUACUGAAGAUCCAACAAUGGUGGCAACAAAAACUGAAUCAAACAAAAACGCAGGGAAUGCGGUACUCUAUGAGCGUGUUGAAACAAUCAUGGCCAUUGAAGACACCAAUAGCUUGCGUGUGCUUGCUAUCAAUAUCUUGGGAAGAUUCUUAUCUAACCGCGACAAUAACAUCAGGACUUCUCUGGUUGAGAGAAUGCGGGUACUGGAUGAGGCUACUUUCAAUGUGAGGAGGGCUGGCUCUUUUCUUGCAUCAAUGGCUAAGACUUCAGUUAGCCUUCCAAAUGGUGGUGAGAAACCUGCUGUGGACUUGCUAGACCUGGAUUCUGACGAUAUCCUGGCUGCACCUAGUUCAUCUGGUGCAGAUUUCUUUCAGGGUCUUCUCGGUGUUGACUUGGGAUCAUCGUCAUCACAAUCUGGUGCAACCGGCACAGAUAGGGACAUGAUCCUUGCCAUAAAAGCAUGCAAAACAGCUGCGGAGGAACAAGCUGUUGUAAGAAAAGAGUGUGCCGAUAUCCGAGCAUUAACUAAUGAAGAUGACCCGCACGAUAGGCACCGGAACCUUGCUAAACUCAUGUUUGUACACAUGCUGGGUUACCCGACACACUUUGGGGAGAUGGAGUGCUUGAAACUAAUUGCAUCUCCUGGGGUUACAGAGAAGAGGAUUGGAUAUCUUGGGCUAAUGGUGCUUCUUUAUGAGAGACAAGAAGUGUUGAUGCUUGUCACAAAUUCAAUAAGACAAGAUCUUAAUCACUCGAACCAGUAUGUUGUAGGACUCGCUCUCUGUGCUUUAGAGAAUAUUCGUUCAGCAGAAAUGGCCCGUGAUCUUGCGCCAGAAGUAGAAAGAUUAAUCCAGUUUCGUGACCCUAAUAUCCGAAAGAAGGCGGCGCUUUGCUCUACUAGAAUAGUAAGAAAAGUCCCAGAUCUUGCAGAAAACUUUGUAAACGCUGCUGCUUCCUUGCUUAAAGAAAAGCAUCAUGGGGUUCUUAUAACAGGAGUUCAACUUUGUUAUGAAUUAUGCACGAUUACUGAUGAAGCCCUAGAGUACUUCAGAUCGAAAUGCACGGAGGGACUGAUAAAAACUUUGAGGGAUAUUACUAAUAGUGCAUAUCAGCCUGAGUAUGAUGUUGCAGGGAUCACAGACCCUUUUCUCCACAUACGGUUGCUCAGGCUCUUGCGUGUUUUAGGCCAGGGUGACGCUGAUGCUAGUGAUUUGAUGACUGAUAUACUUGCCCAGGUGGCAACAAAAACUGAAUCAAACAAAAACGCAGGGAAUGCGGUACUCUAUGAGCGUGUUGAAACAAUCAUGGCCAUUGAAGACACCAAUAGCUUGCGUGUGCUUGCUAUCAAUAUCUUGGGAAGAUUCUUAUCUAACCGCGACAAUAACAUCAGGUCUUCUCUGGUUGAGAGAAUGCCGGUACUGGAUGUGGCUACUUUUAAUGUGAGGAGAGCCGGCUCUUUUCCUGCAUCAGCUUCAACAAUGGCCAAGCCUUCAGUUAGUCUUCCAAAUGGUGUUGAGGAACCUACUGUAGCUCCUCUUGUGGACUUGCUAGACCUAGAUUCUGACGAUAUCCUGGCUGCACCUAGUUCAUCUGGUGCAGAUUUCCUUCAGGAUCUUCUCGGUGUAGACUUAGGAUCAUCGUCAGCACAAUGUGGUGCAACCCAGGCUCCAAAAGCUGGCACAGAUCUGUUGCUGGAUAUUCUAUCAAUUGGAACACCUCCUGCACAAAACAGCACACCAUCUAUUGAUUUGUUAUCAACAUAUUCUGAACAGGAUACCCUUCUGCGAGUGGCGAUAUGGUGCAUUGGGGAAUAUGGUGAUCUGUUGGUUAACAAUUUGGGGAUGCUUGGUAUUGAAGAUCCAAAAACGGUAACGGAAUGUGAUGUAAGCUCGUUGCUUGCAUCAGUUUCAACAAUGUCCAAGCCUUCAGUUAGUACUCCAAAUGGUGUUGCCGCAGCUCCACUUGUUAACCUGGAUUCUGAGGAUAUAGUGGCUGCAACUAGCUCAUCUGGUGCAGAUUUCCUUCAGGAUCUUCUCGGUGUUGACUUAGGAUCAUGUCAGCACAAUCUGGUUAGUUCCUUGGCGUCUCUAUAGGUUUUGCGUUCAUUUUAUGGCAUGCUCAGUUAUGAUCUGUGUCUGAAUGAGCAAAUCUUUUUUUUAACUUUUCCUCUGUGGCUUAAAACUUGCUUAUGAUUUGUAUUUUUUCACAUAGGAAAUCGACCUGCAAAGAGUCAUCAGUUUCUGAACAAAUCAAUUAAUUUGAA